AUGGGCUUGAGCGAUUGCACGAACGAUGCGAACUCGGACGACGCUCCAUUCGAGUCGAUCCUGGAAAAGGCGCUGGACGUGUCCGAGAAGCUGCGCGACGCGCUCACGUACAAGCACAGCGAAAGCGAUGUUGCAACGUAUUCGACCACCCUGAACGAAAUGACGACUGCGCUCGGCCUUGCGGACUGGCACAUCGAUGCCAACAAGCUGAGCGACCCCAUGGAGCUGGUCAAGCACUUGGCCAGCUUUGAGAAGCUCAUGGCGAACGAGCUGUCGUCGAGUGCGACCCAUGGCGAUGCGCUCACACGCGAGCAGCUCAUUGCCCAGGCAAGCGGUGGCGCCGCGCUCUAUGGCGUCGGGCUGGGCAUCGUUACGUCCGCCGACAGGACAGGCAUUCUCCAGCGCCCGGAGAAUCCACUGCUCGCACAGCCGACGUCGUGUGCGUUCAUGGGACCAACUUCCGCGGUCACGACGUCCGUCGAGCAGUUUUCGACCGUCCAGGCCGCGACGGACUUUCGGCAAACGAUGAAAACGUGCGGUCGGUCCAUGGGUUUGGCCCUGAAGGCGUCGUACGCGGGCGUCGGCGGCGGCGUCGGCGGCGGCAAGGCGACAACAGACACCACCACCGCCACCACAGCCGACACGACGACGACGACGUCGGCCGCCCAAGUCACGUACGCCUACGUCCCGAUGCAGUCGUUCCGCAUGACCGUCCAGGACAUGCAGCUGUCGGACGAGGCCAAGGCCGUGGCGGCCACGAUCACAAACGAAAUGGCGGCGACGUAUUUCCUCCAGGACUUUGGGUCGCAUGCUGUCUGCGGUGUCCAUGAAGUGGGCGGCAUCUUUUGCAAGACGGUAGAAAUCACGACCAAGGACCGGACUGCCGUCGACGUCAUGCAAGCGGAAUGCGCCAAGCGGUCGUCGUCUCAUUUGUCGGUGGGGUACAGCGUGAUGGGGUUUGGCAUGUCGGUGGCCGUCGAUGGUGGCCGCUUCACCGCGGCGACGGACACGAGUGGCCAUCACACGUCCGACAUCGAGUGCGAGAUCACGACCCGGCUCGACCACUUUGGCCCGGACGCGUCCAGCUUGGAAAUCUUCAAGAAGAAGCUCGCCACGACCAACCAUGCGUGGUACUUGAUCGACCGACCCAUGGCUACGUCGGUCGUCGGGGUUUGGGACUUGAUGGCAAAGGUUGACGGGUGCCAGCAGCCGGCCGAGUUGGUGCGGCAUGUGUGGCUCAAGCAAGCGCACAAGUUCCGCGACUUGCCCCUCGUUCACGCAGCCAUGCAGCGCGCGCGCAUUCAAACGUGGCUGUGUAGUCCCAUGGUGGACUCGGUCCUCAAGCACGCCGUCGUGGACAACCCAGACCAAGCCGAAUUGGCGGCGAGACGCCUCGUCGACGCCGCGUGCGCCCUUGACCUGUCCAUCGCGCCGGCCGACGAUGUCCGGAAUGCCGUCGUCGAACUCUUCUCGGCCCUUGUGCGCUACGACAGCGAGUUCUCGUUGCACCUGACCGUGCAACACCUCCGGUCCGCGACCGUCCAAGGGUUUCUGCGGCGCCUGGCGGCAAGCGACCGGACGAUGGCGGACUUGACGUGCCUCUGUCCGCUCUUCGACAACAUCAUUGACGACAAGAUUUUGCACGCCACCCCCGCGUUCGAGUUGGAGCCGUCCUUCCGCGCUGCGCUCGAGCGUGCGCGCGUCCUAGUCGACGCGACGACGCACGACGACGUGUGGGUGCCUCCGAUCGUGUCGGACGUCGGCCAAGUUCCCGACGCGCUCGAAAACCUCGUCAUGCCGUUCCUCGACCAGGCGCAGCCCGACAUGCAGCUCCUCGCGUCGCGAGUUGGCGCGUUCCUCGUGCGAAACGUAAACACCGCGGCAAGUCCAUCGACAGCCCACGACGACCUGUGGGAGGUCGCCAAGCGGUACGGGUUCGAGGCGGACGGCGGGUUCAUGGGCGCCGUCAACGCAGAGAACAUCACGUACUUGAUUCACGCGCUGCGCUACGCGUUGACCGAGCAUGCGGCGGAGCCCGCCGACGAUGACGACGACGGCAUGGCGCCAUCGUCCGUGUUUGAACCGCCCGCAGCGUCGUCGUCUGGGAUGACUCCCGACGUGCCCGACGGACGCUCGUACAAGCAUUUGCUCACUGUCGCUGGACGGCCGGACCGCGCGACUUGCAUCACGGACUUGCUGUGGUACACGAUCAAGCACCGAUUGGACUUUGAAGAGGAGCUGUACCCGCCCCGGUCGGCUGCGUCCGGCAAGAAGAAGCCGUUGAAGAAGGGCGAGGUGCGGGUGCCCGCGGCCGCGCCUGCAGAGAGCCCCGUCAUUUUGGAUGCGCUGCUCGAGCUCGCGCAAUCGCUGAGCGUGACCGCUCGGGCCGAGGUGUUUCGCCUCUUGCUCGAGCGCCGCGUGCUCGUCCCGUUCCUGGUGGCCGAUCGUUGUUGGUUGCCUUGGACAUGACGUGGGUGGGCAACUCCACGAUGAACAGAGCCAACGACUCCUUCAGCCGCACGUGACCAACAUGACGCCGCGGCGCCACCGAUACCGCACGACAAAGCCGUCGCUGUCUUCCCCGAUCGAAACUGGCGCGGAUAUGCGGUGACUAGAACGCUCGUCGAGUUUAGCACGCCAUUUGGGCAGCAGUUAUUAGCGACUUGUUCGUCGCUGCCGUUGACGGCGCAUGCUUCCGACUUGCUCAUGCAGGAGACAGCUACGGCCAUGCACACU